GAAGUCAGGGUUGGCGAGGUGGGUUGGGUGAGCGCUCAUCCCAACUCCGCCACUCAGAUCGUCGGUGGAAAGACGCAAACGUUGCCCUCCCCGACCCUGGUCCGGUCCCUGCACCCCAGGGCUUUGGGAGCUGAGCGGGGACCCCCUCCCGGGCCGGCGUCGGGGUCCCCGCCGCUCCCCUCCCCCUCUCCCGCUGCGGCGGCGGCGCAGGGGACGGGAGGAGGGCCGGGCAGGGGCGGCAGCGGCGGCUGUCCCCUCCCACCUCCCGCCAGCGCGAGCUCCCCGGCGCCGCGCUCCCGCCGCAGCCGCGCUUCCCCGCUCCAGCGAGCGAGCGAGCGGGCGGGCGGGCGGGCGGGCGAGGCCAGCGCCGGGGCCGGGCGGCUUCUUUCUCGCCAGCGGCCGCGAUGGCAGAGGCUGAGCGGGGCUGAGCCCGCCGCCGCCCGUCGCCCGCGGGCCCCCUCGAGUCCCUGCCAUGGCGAAGCAGUACGAUGUGCUGUUCCGGCUGCUGCUGAUUGGGGACUCCGGGGUGGGCAAGACCUGCCUGCUGUGCCGCUUCACCGACAACGAGUUCCACUCCUCGCACAUCUCCACCAUCGGUGUCGACUUUAAGAUGAAGACCAUCGAAGUGGACGGCAUCAAAGUUCGGAUACAGAUUUGGGACACAGCAGGGCAGGAGAGGUACCAGACCAUCACAAAACAGUACUAUCGGCGGGCCCAGGGAAUAUUUUUAGUCUAUGACAUUAGCAGUGAGCGCUCUUACCAGCACAUCAUGAAGUGGGUCAGUGACGUGGAUGAGUACGCACCAGAAGGAGUCCAGAAGAUCCUCAUAGGGAAUAAGGCCGAUGAAGAGCAGAAACGGCAGGUGGGGAGAGAGCAGGGGCAGCAGCUGGCUAAGGAGUAUGGCAUGGACUUCUACGAAACAAGUGCCUGCACCAACCUCAACAUUAAAGAGUCCUUCACUCGGCUGACGGAGCUGGUGCUGCAGGCCCACAGGAAGGAGCUGGAUGGUCUGCGAACACGGGCCAGCAAUGAGUUAGCGCUGGCGGAGCUGGAGGAAGAGGAAGGCAAACCUGAGGGCCCGGCGAACUCUUCAAAGACCUGCUGGUGCUGAGGGUCCUGUGUGGAGUGCCCCCCGCAACUCCCUCCCUCAGGAGGUCCGUGGAAGCAGGGGAGCCUGGGCUUUGCCCACUGCUGUCCUUCCAUUUGAUGACCCUGUUGAAAACCAGUAGCUGCUACUCCCCUGCCUGGCCCCGUGAGCAGCUCUGCUGUGGCCUCUGAGCAGCCUGUGCCCCCGGCCCCUCUAUCCUGGAGUGGGAACCUUCAGCCUGUUCCCCAGCCACAGGCCGGCUGUGAUCCCACAAUGUGCUGCGGCCAACUCACCACCGGAAGCUCCUGGGACAAUGGUCAAGGCUGGAGUCAAGGCCACUUAAAGACUCAUUUCUUAGUGCA